AUGGUAAACUAUACGACUUUAGUCUUAUCCACAUUUAUGCUGGCUGGUAUCAACCUGGCUUCAGCAAAGCUAAACCAAACUAAUUCCCAAUCUGAUCCAUUAAUGAAAGUAGAUACGGUUGAGCUCUCUGCCCUGAGGAAGGAUGAGAAGGAAAAACUGAAGACCUAUUUCGACGAAAGCAUUGGACUUGUGCAAAAAAUGUUUGCAAAGUAUAAGGCAGUUGUUGAAAAGUCUGGCAGUGAAUCACAAAAGGAAUCCAUUAAGACUGAUGAAACUGCGCUUAAUAAGGAGAUUAAAGACUUUAAGGAUGAAAUGAAAUAUUCUGAAAAACAUGCGUGGACUACUGAACAAUAUUAUAAAUUCUUUUCUGAUUGCGAAGCACGUAUUCCAAAAUUCUUUAAACACGUUAAAAACGCCAAAGAAAUCAUCUCUUCACUCUAUGAGGAGGUUAAAGAAGAUGGCAAUAAAACAGUUAAAGCUGGUAAAGAUGGAUUGAAGCGCGAAUUUGAAAUUCUUGAGAUCCAAGAAAAGUCCACGUUUCAGUACCCAAUAAUCAGGGAUUUGGUUGAAUUGUCCGAAAAACGAGUGGAUGAUAUUCCUUAUAAUUGCAAGGUCAGCCAUGGCUACACAAACACAGCCGCUAUUAAAAAAAACAUAGCCGAUAUUAAGAAGAAACAUGAUUCCAUAGUGGCUGUUAAUACUUACGAGGAAAAAGACUUAAAAAAAGUUUCGGACGAAUAUGCUGAAUUUGAAACAUUGGUCAAGGAUUCCAAGAACAAGGUUUUGAGCCUAUAUAAUAUGGCCAAGAAAAACUUGGAAAGUCAAUCUAAGGACUCUUCUAUGACUUUCUUCGAAAAGCACAUUGAUGGAUUCCCCAACUCAAGCGGCGCCUUCCUCGAAGCUAUCUCAUCACGCAUGAUACUUAUCACAAUUGCGUUGUAUGCUAUUGCCAAUUUGUAA